AACUUCCAUUGUUACUGUGAUUUAAAGGGGCCGUGGUGCGGGGACGGCACAUACAACAAAUCCGGGCCAAAGACCUAAGAGGCUGGCAGCGAUCGUCAGGAAACGCCGUGGAUUAUUCCGUAUUGGGCCAUAUAGACCGUAUUCUGGAUUUUGGUUACUGGCUAAGAACUGGACAUUUCGAUAGGAUCUUGGACUGGCGGAAAAGAGCAUGGAGCCUCCGGCCUCCAAGAGGAGGUGUCCAGGCCUCACCCCGCGAUACAAACCAGACACUCUGCUUGACCUGAGCGCAAAGAAGGUAGCGGAGACCUGGGCCUUCGAGCAGGUGGAGGAGCGGUUUUCAAGAGUCCCAGAACCAGUUCAGAAACGUAUAGUCUUUUGGUCAUUCCCACGCAGUGAGAAGGAGAUUUGUAUGUAUUCAUCUUUGGGGUAUCAUCCCCCUGAAGGAGAGAGAGAUUCACGCGUCCCAUUUAAUAGGGGUCUUCAGCUUCUACAGUCUGGGGCCGUACAACGUGUACUUCAAGUUGGGUUUCACCUUAGCGGAUCAGUCACUGAACCAGGGGAUCCUGAAAGAACAUUCCAAGUGUCUAUCAGCUUUGACCGUUGCAAAAUUACUUCUGUUAGUUGUGGGUGUGAAAACAGAGACAUUUUCUAUUGCGCACAUGUUGUGGCUCUAUCUUUACACCGAAUUCGGAGGGCCCGUGGAGUGGAACUGCGACUUCCCAUUUCUGAGACACUCUCUCAAAUGAACCGUGACCAACUGCAGAAGUUUGUGCAAUACCUUAUUAGUGAACAUCACACAGAAGUGCUGCCUACAGCCCAAAGAUUAGCCGAUGAGAUCUUGCAACUGGGAUCGGAGAUUAACAGAGUUCAUGGAGCCCCUGACCCCACAGCAGGCGCUGGUCGAGAGGAUGAGAAUUGUUGGCAUUUGGAUGAGGAGCAGAUUCAGGAGCAAGUCAAACAGCUUUUGUCCAAUGGUGGAUACUAUGGUGCCAGCAAGCAACUGCAGUCCAUGUUUAGCAAGGUGCGAGAAAUGCUUCGAAUGCGUGAUUCUAAUGGUGCUCGCAUGCUGAUCCUAAUGACUGAGCAGUUUCUAGAAGACCCACGUUUGGCUCUGUGGAGGCAACAGGGAGCCGGGAUGACAGACAAGUGCCGGCAACUAUGGGAUGAGCUAGGUGCUCUAUGGGUGUGUGUGGUGCUAAGUCCUCAUUGUCGGCCAGAGGAGAGGGAAUCGUGGUUGGAACUGCUUAGAAAAUGGAAUGCACUGGAUAUAUGCCCACUGGAGGAGGGCAACUACUCUCUGGAAGGUCCUGGGACACAGACACCAGCACAAGGCCAUGGUAUCAACCAAGCAGCUCGUCAAACUGUUUUUGCUCGUGCCUUAAAGGCAGGGGAGCUGACAUGGACAGAUGCUCACCUUCAGCGUGUCCUGAAUGGAGAGACUGGCGUCCCUGGUGGUGGAGUGAAGAACAGCGCAGACAAGCUGUCCUAUGACCCACAGGGUCGUCCACUUUGGCUGGGAGAUCACUUUCCUGUUGCCUGUGCUCGUGUGGAUGCUCUACGCUCUCAUGGAUAUCCUCUUCAGGCCCUUAGACUUGCAAUCUCCAUAAUUAACACCAUGAGACUUCAGCGCCAACAUCAAAUGGAAGGAGUGAAGCAGCAAAGGAAAGAACUUCAGUUAAAGGGCAGCACUUCACUUACUAACUUGGAAGGAUGGGUGGGACAUCCUCUUGAUCCAAUUGGCUGUCUUUGUAGGACUUUCUUGGAGGCCAGUCUACCCGAGGAUGAGGGACCAGCACCAUACCCAGAGCUUGGUGGAGAACAACGAAAGGUGAUGUACCAACACGUACCAAUACCAGGAGGUUCUUCCUCAGGGGAAUCACUUCUCUGCUUGGCAUUGGAGGUUGCCCUUAUGGGGUUGGGACAGCAGAGAGCGAUGCCAGAAGGUCUAUAUGCCCAGGAUAAGCUUGUACGUAGUGAAGAACAAAUAAUAGGCUUGCUGGGAACACUGGAAAUGGGUGAUCGACUGGUGCAAGUACUGAGAAAACAGGCCAUGCUGCUACUAGAAGGUGGCCCAUUUAGUGGUUUUGGAGAAGUAAUCUACAGGGAAAGUGUUCCUAUGCAUACCUUUGCUCGCUUCCUGUUCACUGCUUUGCUUCCUCAUGAUUCUGACCUAGCUUACCGUGUUGCUCUCCGGGCUAUGAGGCUUCCUGUCCUAGAGUCUGUUCUUCCUCCCCAUGGGUCAGAAAUACUUCCCUUGGAUUCCAUGCUCACCAGUCGAUUCCCAAGAUGGUUCAUUCUGGGACACCUUGAGACACGUCAGUGUGAACUCGCUUCUGCCAUGCUGACCACUGCCAAAGGAGACCCUAAGUGGCUUCAUACAGUCCUGGCAUCAAUUCAGCAGCAUAUCCACUCUCCUGCACUGCUCUUCAAGCUUGCCCAGGAUGCCUGUAAGACUGCAACGCCCCCAAACGCCCCACCUGACACAACCCUGCUUAAUAUUUCACUGGAGCUAGGACUACAGGUUAUGAGGAUGACACUGACUACUUUGACGUGGAGACGCAGGGAAAUGGUGCGCUGGUUGGUGUCAUGUGCCACAGAAAUUGGUGCCCAAGCCUUAAUUAGCAUUAUGCAGAACUGGUAUGCUCUCUUCACCCCAAUUGAGGCAACUAGCAUUGUUGCGGUCACCUGCACAUCUCCUGCCACUCUCCUUCGAUUUAGCCCGGAUCCUCGUCAACGUGAGGAGCUAUGUUCAUGUGCCCGUGCCCUGGCCUUGCAAUGUGCUAUGAAAGACCCUCAAAGCUGUGCCCUACCUGCCCUGACACUCUGUGAGAAGGACCACACUUCAUUUGAGGCUGCCUAUCAAAUUGUUCUAGAUAGCGCUAGUUCGGGCCCUGGUGCACACUCGCAUCUCUUCACUGUGGCCCGUUAUAUGGAGCAUCGUGGUCUGCCUCUCCGAGCCUUUACUCUGGCCACCCUUGCACUGUCAAAUUUAAGUAUAGGUUUUAGCCAAGAUUCCCACCCUGCUGUAAGCGAUGUUCUAUGGGCUUGCUCCCUUGCACAUUCCCUAGGCAAGGUGGAGCUAAGCACUGUGGUGCCUUUGGUAAUAAAGAGUGUACAGUGUGCCCCUGUGUUGUCCGACAUCCUGCGACGGUGCAGUCUUGCACCCCCAGGCCUAGCACAGACCCUUUCCUCAUCUUCAAUUGGAGCUGGUCGAGGCAGGGGAACAGGGGGACGGACUGAAAAACCUUCACUCUGCCAGCUGCUAGAGGCUGCAAUUGGAGCUUACAUAAGUACUACUCAUUCGCGACUUACACACAUCAGUCCACGGCAUUAUGGAGAGUUUAUAGAGUUUCUUGCAAAGGCCCGUGACACUUUCUUACUUGCACCAGACGGGCAUCGACAGUUUACCCAGUUUCUGGAUAACCUGAAGCAGACCUACAAGGGCAAGAAAAAACUGAUGCUCUUGGUUAGAGAGCGGUUUGGUUAGAGAAAAUGGAGAUGUAAAUAUUCUGCAGGGGCACUGAUUUGAGGGCAAGUGUUGCAGCUCUAUUUCCUCUAAUAUUGGACAUUUAAUUCCAUCUCUAUUGGGGAUGGGUUUGCUAGUGAAGGAGACUUUCUGAAGAAUCACAGUGGCAUUCCCUGUGAAACUAUCCUGUGUAUAUAAUAUUUUUUAACUAUUUAUUUAUAAAUAGGGAUGGUGCUCCCUUUUCUCCCAAGUCCAUUUACCCGUCACCAGGUAUAUCCUGUGUUCUCUGUCUAACAGAUUAUUGGACUAUUUAGCGGACCUGCAAGUGGCAGGGAGGGAUGAAUGGAGGUUUGGGAGAGUUCCACAAAAAGUGGACAUUAUUUAUUUCUGAAGGAUUAUCUGUACUAACUUAUUAAUAUAUUUUUUUGUAUAAUUUCUAAUGUAAACCUGUUUUAUUGUAACUUGACAACCCAGAUAUUUGGUGUCAAUGAAGUGUACCCUACUCCGGUUAUAAAUAUAGACUGACAAGGCACUCCUCAUUCCACUUCUGUUUGAGUAAACCUACACAGACAUAAGCAGUGUUACUUUCCCCUAAUGCUGGAGGUGGCAGUCUUUCAAAGUGAUCAAGAAUAUAGAUAAGUAUAUUUAUUUAAAAAAAGUAACACCCUAGAGUAGUUAUUCUUAAAUAAUUUGGCAAAUACCAGAAGUUAGGGCUUGUAAAAUGUUACUAAGUUGUUGGAGUACUCUAUAUAUGUCUAUAUAUAAAUUCCUUCUAUAACUUCCAAGAAAAUGUAUGGCUGGUUCCUAAUUUUCAUAUACAUUCUUUAAACCCUGUGGACUUGUAUACAUGCUAAAGGGACAUUAAAAUAUAUAUUUUCCUUUCCAUCUAAAAUGUUAUGUUCAUUUGUUUUAUUGGUUGCUUUUAUAUUUGUGGAAGUUUAUCCCCCUUUAUAGAGGUUUGGGAGUUAUCCUCAACAACCAUUUGGCAUCUGAUCCAUGUGGGUCAGUUUAGUAGAAAACGCUUUAACAAAUAGAUUUACAUGGAAGGGUUAACAUGUUUUUAAUUGCUUUCAUAUGCAUACAUUUCAUAUGAUUUGAAUUAAAUGUCCAUUAACUGUCUGUUUAUAUAUAUAUAUAUAUAUAUAUAUAUAUAUAUAUAUACAUACAUAUGCCUAUGCAUACCUUCAUAGUUGGACUAGAACCAUGUGUGUUAAACAAGGGUGGCUGUGAAUAAUUUUGUCUUUUUAAUAACUCAGGAAGAUGUCAUUGCCUUCCUUAUAUUUCACAUAAUUCCUUUGCACUGCCACCUCCAUAUCUGCCUUCCUGCUCCAUAUCACCAGUAUUCUCUCUUCCACACUACCUACCUCUGCUUUUCUACCAUCCGUUCCUAUGGCUCCAUUCCUAUUCUUCCAGUUGGAACCUCUUACUACUGCUCCAUGUUUCCAUCUACCAGGAUUUACUCUUUCACAUACCAUUGUGUUUUUUUUAUAUAUAUACUUUCCUCCCUGUGCCGCUAUCCCAGAAAUAUGAAGGCUUUAAUUAUUUUAUCAUAUAAAAAUGAAUGCUCCCCAGUUUUAUUUUUAUCAGUGAAAAUGUUAUCAGAUUAUUUUAUCUGUUAUAUUUAUUGAACUGUUUUUGUUCCUCUUUGUUUCUAAAGAUAAAAAAUACAUUUUUUAAAACCA